AUGGACUGGGCUCGUGAUAACGUCGGACUAAGUGCUAAGGACCUUGAUAAUGUUUUCAAAUAUGAAGAAAAAUCAACAGUAGUAGUCCGGAUGAUGACAGAUACAGAUAAGAAACCAGAAGUAUGGUCGUUACGUGAACAACACGAAUGGGAAGAUUGGGCUUCAACAGAAUGUCCGAGGAUCGACGGACAGGAAUCAGGCCUGGUUCUUAUUUUGGCGAAGCGCGCCGGGGAAAAGUCCUCACCGAUUGUCAAGCGGGUCAAUUCAGACAACUGGCUCGCCGAAAUAGGUGAGAAGCCUCAAGGUAACACCAAGAUCCAAAGAGCCAGUACAUUUUCACAGUUAGGAGAGGCAGUUCUUGUUCCAGAACUUGGACUUCACGCUAUGAAAGGAAAGCGAGGGGUGCGAACACUGCCUUUCUCCAAAGAAACAUUCCAACUGGUAGCCAAGCGCUUUCAUAUUCAUGCUUCAAUAGCUCGAGCAGUCAGUCGGGCUGAUGUUCCACUGUUCUCUUCUGCUGAGAUACAAAUGAACGACUCGACUGGUAGGAACUAUCCAGCAAUUGUUUAUAAUUGUCGUACAUCUAAUGCCUGGGACUUGGAUCUUGCUUUUACAUCAACUUACUUUCCUCAUUGUGGAUUGACCUUUGCUGUUCUGUUCGGCUGUACAUUAUCUGUAGAAGGAGAAGUAUUGAGACGACUAGGAUCUGGUUUGAGUGCCACUGAAGCUUCCCACCCCCUUCUUAUACCUGGAAUACUAGUGGAGCUCGAGAGAUCACGACAUAUACAUAUAGUGGAAGCCACAAUAGACCAUCUGGAGACCAAAAUCUUCGAAUUGAACGGCUCGUCGAAGAUGCAAAAUGUAGAAGAGUCCGAAACAGAAAAACGCAAUGAGGAAAAGAGGUCAGCUUGGUUGGACACGACUUACCUACGAAAUGGACUUAUAAGCUGGAAUACACAGUUAGCAAAGAUUGCAAAACAUGCUGAAGAAUUAACUAAUAUAGAAACUGGUAACGUCUGUUCCCUCCGGAAUUUGACACGAAAAGACCAGCAGCGUAAGAGUUUCGAUAGCACUUCAUCUAAUAAAGGAUCUGAAAAGUGGGAAGACAGGAUUAGUAAAGACAGCGAAAAUUGCCCCUACGUGGAGUCAGAGCUCUCAGAUUUGCUAAAGGAUGAGAAGCAUGGUCAGCACGAAACGGAGUCGAGAAUUUCCGAACCAAACAUGGAUUUCUCAACACCACUGGAGCAAUUUGCACGCGUUGGGUACAAGAUACAUGACCGUGUUCAAUCUAUAAUUGAUGAAUAUGAUGAUAAGAUUAGAGACUGUACAAUGCGGGUUGAUGGAAUGGCAAUGGCAACACAAUGGGCACAAGGCGAAACAAACGUUGAAAUAGCAUAUUCUACAAGUAAAGACUCGAGUCACAUGAGAUCUAUUGCUCUCGUUACGAUGAUCUUCCUUCCUGGAACCUUUUUCGCAACGGUUUUUUCAAUGACCUUUUUCAACUGGUCGGCGACGGAUGGGCAAAUUGUUUCAAGCUAUUUCUGGAUUUACAUUGUUGUGGCAGUCGCAUGUACGGUAUUAACGGUUGGUGUUUGGUGGUACUUUGUCACCUAUCGCCAGUCGAAACAUCGACAGCUAGAUUCUGCUUCAUGA